AUGAAUCUGAAUCUGAAUCUGAAGUACUACUACACUGAGGUACAGUACUAUACUGAGGUACAGUACUAUACUGAGGUACAGUACUAUACUGAGGUACAGUACUAUACUGAGGUACAGUACUACACUGAGGUAAAGUACUACUACACUGAGGUACAGUACUACACUGAGGUACAGUACUACUACACUGAGGUACAGUACUAUACUGAGGUACAGUACUAUACUGAGGUACAGUACUACACUGAGGUAAAGUACUACUACACUGAGGUACAGUACUACACUGAGGUACAGUACUAUACUGAGGUACAGUACUACACUAAGGUACAGUACUACACUGAGGUACAGUACUACUACACUGAGGUAAAGUACUACUAUACUGAGGUACAGUACUAUACUGAGGUAGAAUACUACUAUACUGAGGUACAGUACUAUACUGAGGUACAGUACUAUACUGAGGUACAGUACUAUACUGAGGUACAGUACUAUACUGAGGUAGAGUACUACUACACUGAGGUACAGUACUAUACUGAGGUACAGUACUAUACUGAGGUACAGUACUACACUGAGGUACAGUACUAUACUGAGGUAGAAUACUACUAUACUGAGGUACAGUACUAUACUGAGGUACAGUACUACACUGAGGUAAAGUACUACUACACUGAGGUACAGUACUACACUGAGGUACAGUACUACUACACUGAGGUACAGUACUAUACUGAGGUACAGUACUAUACUGAGGUACAGUACUAUACUGAGGUACAGUACUACACUGAGGUAAAGUACUACUACACUGAGGUACAGUACUACACUGAGGUACAGUACUAUACUGAGGUACAGUACUACACUAAGGUACAGUACUACACUGAGGUACAGUACUACUACACUGAGGUAAAGUACUACUAUACUGAGGUCUCAGACAUCUUGGACUAUGACUGUGUGAAAGGUGCUAUUUUGCGGUUCUAUGAGUCGUGGCCCAAGGCUCAUAGUGCUUACGUUAGUCCCGCGCACGUAGUUGGGGCUUUCCCUGUAGCUGUUCGUGACCAGUCUCCAAUUGAUGGGGUGGAGUCCAUCAUGCGGAGCGACAGUGCAGUUCAAUAUCACAAAGUCCAACGUUACACAAUCCACGACCGCAGAGGGCGACCAGAGGGCGACCAGAGGGCGACCGCAGAGGGCGACCAGAGGGCGACCGCAGAGGGCGACCAGAGGGCGACCGCAGAGGGCGACCAGAGGGCGACCGCAGAGGGCGACCGCCGAGUGGGACCGCAGGGGGGGACCGCAGAGGGCGACCGCAGAGGGCGCCCGCCGAGUGGGACCGCAGGGGGGGACCGCAGAGGGCGACCAGAGGGCGACCGCAGAGGGCGACCGCCGAGAGGUCUCCUUUAA